GUCCGUGGAGCAGACCUACUCGGUACAAGUGGCAGAAGAGAAUGAAAAUUACGGCCAGUACUCUGUCGGAAAAGGCGGCGGAAGAAAUGCCAGAGGUGAACUCGAGUUGGAUGCUGCUAUUAUGGACGGGAAAAAUCUUAACUUUGGUGCUGUCACUGCUUUGAAAGGUGUGACUAGGGCCAUAUCUGUGGCCCGUUCUGUUAUGGAGAAAAGUCCACACAGCAUGCUGACAGGAAAUGGAGCAGUGGACUUUGCAAUCGAACAAGGAUUUCAAAUUGACUCAACACUUGUGCAUCAUUCAGAUGAAGUAGGCUUGUCCUUGGCAACAAAAGGGGAGAUGAUAUGCAAGUCUAACAUACAGCAGCAAACUGCUGGCCACGACACCUUGGGCCUGAUUGUGUUGGACACUUAUGGCAACAUUGGGGCAGGUGUCAGUACAAGUGGCAUGACAGGAAAAGCUCGAGGUCGUGUUGGGGACAGUGCUCUUCCUGGUUCUGGUCUUUAUGCUGAUAAUGAAGUGGGGGCAGUCUGCUGUUCAGGUGAUGGAGACCAAAUCAUGAAAUUCUGCCCCAGUUUUCAUGUACUUCAGUUUUUAAAACAGGGUCAGAGUCCAGAAGAAGCAUGCCAGAAUGUUGUGAAAAACAUGGUCAGACGUGUAGGCUCCCCAUCAUCAGUAGAAAUAGGGAUCAUUGCUGUUAACUCCUUGGGAGAGGUCGGAGCGGCAACAACAGUGAGAGAGUGGGUAGACAGUCAAACAGGACAGACAUACCCAGGCUUUCCCUUCACAGUCUGGCAUCCGACACAGCCUUCUGCAAACCCUCAAAUCCAUGUAGCGGAACAAAUAUAUAUUUAAUUUAAACACAAAUCAACUGGCUUCUGUGCUAAAGUAAGCGAAGAUUAAGGGUCAAUGAUAAGAGUGCUGAAGUGUAUUUUUGUCAGUGUAAGCGGUUUCUUGUGUAUCUCUGUUUCUACUCGGCAUGGUGGUUUUCAGAUCCAAGGUAUAUAACUCAUUAUUCGGUCCCCAGUCAUGAGCGAUUUCUUUGAAUUGUACUUGACGACAUAUAUUGAAAUAUAAGUGUACAGGCAUGUACGUGUGCCUGUUUGUGUGUCAUGCAGGACUGCUUUGCUAAGAAACUAUAUAAUAGAGCCAUGUGGAAAAACGGUAUUCUGGUAUCAUUUCAUUGUUAAGAAACCGUAUUUAAGGCCUGCUCUGUUUUUUGCGUAAGCGUACCCAAGUCUUCUCCCUAUAAGCCUUAUCUUUCCCAACCCUCUGUAAGACCAGGUCACCCUUCAACAGCUGGGUCAACUGGGGAAAGUAUGCUGCGCAUCACAGGAAUCGAUCCGGCUACUUGGCGCGCCUAUUCGCCCUUGACGCCGAUGUUUUAAGCACUCGGCAUCUUUCUCCAUCCAGUGUCAUCAUCAUCAUUUCCUUACUUGGCACCGACCUGCCCCGGAGCAAGCCGACCUGCCAGUACCACUCGAUCGUCGGGGAGACACGAUUGAGUCCGAUACAACGUAUCAGUAGUGAUCGAAGGCUUGCCAACCAACGGAGGCCGGUCGAUCCAAUGCUGCCUUUAGAAGGACCUCUAGUUGACUGCUAGUCCACUUCUCACAUUCGCAAGCCAAUGAGGGAAUUUCGUCAGUUGCAGUACACACUUGCCGGUGAUUAAAACCUAUAAGUGAAGGUCUGUUUGUUAGCCAUUUGAUCAGUUGCGUAUUCUGAGAUAUACGAACAUAAAGAAACGGGUAGAAAGAUCACUGUUGUAUUAUAAAUUGUCUCAAAGGUAAAUUUUAAAAUAGGCAGAAGAAGAGUUUCAUGCUUUUCCAAUGUAAAUGCCUAAGAUUUU